AUGUUGAUGAAGGACGAUCCUGAAAUGGGAGACGAUGCCCUAGACAUCGAUGAAGGGGUAUUAACACAUCUUUCGAAUUUGGAAGUAAUGACAAGAAAGGAGCUCAUUCGCAUUGAUUCUCGGAUGGAACAACUCACCCAUUUGAUAGAUAAUCAGUUCACUGAUAUGAAGUCUCUCCCCUACCAUCUCUAUGCGGUAUUUAUUCAUCAUGGAUCCGUGGAAUUCGGCCACUACUACAUUUACAUUUUUGACUUUGAAAAGAAGAUAUGGCGAAAGUAUAACGAUUCCGAGGUAACCGAGGUCCACAGCACGGCAGAAAUCUUUAGUGAUCGCAACGUUAAGAACCCGCCAACCCCUUACUUCCUUGUUUAUCUAAACGACGGGUUAAAGAAACGCCUGGCCAAACCUGUGUGCCGGCACGUUGAGGAGCGUCCGGCACGGACAACCUUGACGGCAGAUAGUUCAAAAUCAAAACCGGGCCGAGAACGUGCAGGUGACAGAUCGGAUGUAGAAAUGACCGACUUACCUCCGAGCUAUGACGAGGCGCAAAAAUCAGCCCCAGGUAGGGACAGCUCACACCCAGACAGCCAACAGAGCUUCCGUCAAGGGACCGAAGGCAGUAUCCCUAUCCGGGGAACCUGGGAAAACGAGAAAGUCAUUUCGACGGGCCCAGCUGCGAUGGCGAAGAAACUAUCACCAUCUCCCGACCGCAAACGAUUAAAACGAAAGGGCGCCGAAAGUGAGGAAGACCCGACUGUUGCAUCAAAGAACUAA